AUGGCAGAGGAUAGGGCGAAUGCGUUACAAGUGGCAGAGAAGGGAAAGCUCGAGGCAGAACACCUCCAUAGCAUCGAUUCAGUCCCCACUAUUGUCGACGGCAAGAUCGAGGAGACAGGAAAGGCAGAGGUCCUCCCUGUUGGAUAUGUGGAUCAAAGCCGUGUCCUGCCCCCUAAAGAAUUGGCCUUGGUGUUUGUCGCGGCGCUCAGUGGGUCUGGUGCAGGCGGAAUGAUUAGUUUGACGAUGAUUAUUAUCUCGGAUGUCGUGUCGAUGCGCGAGCGCGGAAAGUACCAAGGAAUCAUUGGAUCGAUGUUUGGACUGUCGUCGGUGAUUGGACCGCUUCUCGGGGGCGUACUCGCUGAAAAGUCUACGUGGCGCUGGGGUUUCUACAUUAACCUGCCACUUGGAGCUUUCGGGACAGCCAUCAUCAUCUGGAUCCUUAGACUCCCGGCCGUUAAAGGCACUCGUCAGGAUAAGUUGAAGCGUAUUGACUUUCUUGGAUCGUUCACCAUCGUGGUUGGUAUCGUCUGUAUUCUCCUUUCGACCAACUGGGGCGGUAACGAGUAUGCUUGGAACAGCGUCCAGAUCAUUGUUCCAUAUGUCGUCGGAGGCUUGUUCUUGCUCGCUUUCCUCUUUGUAGAGGCCAAGAUCGCUGUCGAGCCAAUCAUGCCUUUCAGACUUUUCAAGAACCAAAGUGUGUCGGCUGCCUAUGCUACCUCUUUCUUCAUUGGAGGAGCAUUCAUGGGCGCCAUUUUCUACUGUCCUCUCUACUUCCAAAUGGUCAUGCACUUCAAUGCGACCAAGGCAGGAAUUCACAUCUUGCCAAUGGUAGCUGGAAUGUUGUUCGGAGGUAUCGGUGGAGGUGUCGCAGUCAGCAAAACUGGUCGCUACCGUCCUUUCAUUUGGGGUGCCUUGAUAAUCUACACCACGGGAAUCGCACUGUUAUCGCUUUGGGACGAGAACUCGGGAUUGGGAGUUCAGAUUGGAUUCCUCUUCCUUGUCGGCCUCGGACUCGGUGGAUGCAUGCAGAAUAUUGUCCUGGCGGGACAGUGUGCGGUCUCACAGGCUGAUAUCGCCACGGUCACCUCCCUGAUGUCAUUCUUCAGGAGCAUGGGUGGCGUCGUCUGUGUCGCCAUUGGAGGCUCCUUGAUCAACAAUAUUCUGACUAAGAAUGGGGUCGAUCCCAACAAUUUUGCUGUUAUCAUGGAGCACCCCGAGAUCUACGCCAAGGCCAUCCAAACCAUUUUCCGGCAAUGCAUUGCAUGGCCAGUUCUGGCUUUCAUCUCUGCGUUAUUCUUGAAGCACCACGUACUCCGUAAGACUGUGAGAGAAGAAACCGCCGGAGAGGCAUAA